CGUGAGCGGUGCGGGCGGGAUGGCCCCCGGCGCCCCGUGAGGGCCGCGGCCACGAGGCCAUGCUGCUGGGCCCCUGGCUGCUGGCGGCGGCGGCGGCGGUGGCGGCGGCGGGCGCGGGCUGCCCGGUGCUGUGCAGCUGCCGCGGGCAGGCGGUGGACUGCAGCGGGCAGCGGCUUUUCUCCGUGCCCCCCGAGCUGCCGCUGGACACCGGCAACCUGAGCCUGGCCCACAACCGCAUCGCCAGCAUCCCGCCGGGCUACCUGGGCUGCUACGGGCAGCUGCGCGCCCUCGACCUGCGCAACCAAAACUCGCUGGCGGCGCUGCCGGCCGGGCUGUUCCGCGGCGCCCGGCGCCUGGCGCACCUGGACCUGAGCUACAACAACUUCAGCCUGGUGCCCGCCGACAUGUUCCGCGGCAGCGCGCUGCUGCGCCUCGACCUCAGCCACAACCCGGGGCUGCGCCGCGUCCACCCCCAGGCCUUCCGCGGCCUGGCCCAGCUGCGCGAGCUGGACCUCAGCUACGGCGGCCUGGCCGCCCUCAGCCUCGACGCCCUGGAGGGGCUGCCCGGCCUCGUGGGGCUGCGCCUGGGGGGCAACCCCUGGCUCUGCGGCUGCGCCAUGGAGCCGCUCCUCAAGUGGCUGCGGGGGCGCAUCCAGCGCUGCUCCUCGGAUUCGCAGCAGGCGGAGUGCUGGGCUCCCCCCGAGGUGGCGGGGGCCCCGCUGCUGUCGCUGACGGAGGAGAGCUUCCAGGCCUGCCACCUCACGCUGACCCUCGACGACUAUCUCUUCAUCGCCUUCGUCGGCUUCGUCGUCUCCAUUGCCUCGGUGGCCACCAACUUCCCUGGCAUCACGGCCAACUGCUGCCACCGCUGGAGCAAGGCCAGCGAGGACGAGGAUGUUUAGGGGACCGACGCUGCCACCACCGCCGAUAGACCCCCGCCCCGGCCACUCCCCGGCCCGGCCGCCCCCGCGGGGACACCAGACUGU